AUGGAGGCCCUCUCCCCGCGUUCAACAAACCAGAUGAUCAAACCGAAACUGGCCAUGGACGGUAAACCUUUUGAUAAGCAUGCCGCGCCACCAAGCGGCCAGCAGAAAGCCGCAGUCUCCAAGAACCACGCCGACCCACCGCCGCCCGUCGUAACGGAACCAGAGGAUGGUGGGGAGCAAUAUGCGAUCGGUGGGUUUUUGGGAAAAGGCGGCUUUGCUGUAUGCUAUGAAGGCUCAUUAGCACGCAAUGGAAGAAUCUAUGCUAUGAAGGUUGUCAAGUCUCAGAUGCCUCAAAAGAAGAUGGAGGAGAAGUUUCGAACCGAACUUCAAAUCCACUCCAAAAUGCGCCACCCUUUUAUUGUCCAGUUUUACCGCGCCUUUGCCUUCGAGUCGAGCACAUAUGUUGUUUUGGAGCUAUGUCCGAAUGGGUCGGUAAUGGAUAUGGUCCGAAAACGCCGCUGCUUGAGUCUGCCAGAGGUUCGCCGAUUGAUGAUUCAGCUAUGCGCCGCUGUCAAGUACCUUCACAAGAGAUUUGUCGCCCACCGAGACUUGAAGAUGGGAAACUUGUUUCUGGAUCACAACAUGAAUGUCAAGGUCGGAGAUUUCGGUCUGGCUGCGAUGAUCCUGUCCGAUAAGGAUGCCAAACGACGAAACACUCUGUGCGGAACUCCUAAUUAUAUCGCCCCCGAGGUCUUGGAUAAGAGCAAGGGCGGUCAUACACAAAAGGUCGACAUUUGGUCUCUAGGUGUCAUAUGCUUUGCUAUGCUCACAGGAUACCCUCCAUUCCAAUCAAAAACACAAGAGGAGAUUUACAAAAAAGUUCGGAAUCUGAGUUAUGUGUGGCCCAAAGAAUCGGACACAAACAACUUCAUCCCCGAGGAGGCAAAGGACCUGGUUGCCCGGUGCUUGAACCUUGUGGACGAGGAAAGACCAGAUCCAGAUGAUAUCGUUGAGCAUCCGUUCUUCAACAUGUACGAUGGCUGCAUCCCUCGCCAACUAGACCCCGCAUGUCGAUUCAACAAGCCAAUCUGGCUCAAGGAUGCGUCGCCUCGAGGUGAUGCUGUGGUAAGCGGUUACGGACUGGAUUCCGACGAAAAGCUGCGAGCCUAUGUAUACCAGGUGGACGAUCCGAGUCAGCGUUAUCACUCUUGCCGGGCUGCGUUUUACUCUCUCUGUGGUGUAGGGCGAAAGCCUGAUGGAACCGCUCGCAAGUCAGUUGGUAGGAAUUGCUCAAAGUCUGCAUUUUCUGAGUGUGAUGUAGAGGAUUCAAGGGGACUACGUCCAGUGAUACCCUUGGCUCCUGACUUUGUCUACAGAUGGCCCCAUGAUCUUGACGGUGACUGGUGCCUAACGGAGACAUCCCGGAAGGUAGUAAAGAGUGAGGAGUCUAUGCUGAACAGUAGCACUAUGUCGACAAUGUCUGCACGGAGUACUUCGGGCCGUCCCAACCCUGUGGCUGCGUUGCGCACGAAUGCCGCACUUGCUGCUGCCCAACAACGUCGAAUGGAAGGACAGAGUCACGCCGCAACGCUUCGACAGCAGGCUCGUGUACCACCUAUGUCUCCACGAAGGGCACCUGGGGUCAGUGACCCUCCUGCAUCGUCACGACCCUACCGUGAUGUGCCACCACCUGAGGUGAAACCUACCACAGACAGAGACGUACCGACUACAGGAGGGUUAGCAGAGCGACCUAUUCGAACACGACGGAUGGCAUCUGCAUCUCAAGCAACCACUCUGCGCAGCAAGGAGAAGGAGAUUGUCCCCCAGUUAGCAAAGUCAACAAGCAUGCCGAAUGGCCUGACUGUGGGCAAAACUCGCUCUCAGUCUCGGAGAUUGGCAGCCGCUGACCUGGAGAUGCCACAGCCACCCAUCUCAACCAGAGACCGGCAGCCCUACACAAGACCAGACGAGCGCAGGCCCACAACCACGCGCCAAACAUCCCUCCGGUCCUCAUCUCGAGCGGACGUGAAACCCAUCAUAACCCCAGUUGAAAAACAAAGAGAGAGCCCUAUAGAAUCAUUGGCUCCAUCCAAGUCUUCGUCAGAGUCCAAUGGUUUAGGCAGGUCCAACUCCAAUGGCAUCAGCCGAUCCAACAGCAAGACUGCUGGCCGCGCGCGUUCUUCCCUCGGGGUCAGCCCGCUCUUCCACAGUGAAGAUCUUUGCGAACUACUUCCCAGAACUUCGUUGACCGAAGUCAAUACCGACUUGCGGCUUAUGUUGUCUAAUUUGGUCAACCAUGCACCGAGCCGGCGAAGAGGCGGCGCACGAAAACAGCCUCACGCAUAUGUCAUCAAGUGGGUCGAUUAUACCAAUCGCUAUGGUAUUGGGUAUGUGCUGGAUGAUGGCAGCGUGGGCUGUGUCUUCAAGGGUGAAAAUGGCCAGCCCGCAACAAGCGUGGUGGUACGGGAUGGUGAACGCCACAUCCGUCGCAAGGCACGCAGUGUUGCCGAUGAAAAGAGCGAUCAAAAACCAAUAUAUUAUUCCGAGGCAGAUCAACUCGUCCCUCGUACCGGCCCCUCGGUUGAGUUUUUUGAAAAUCGGGACGAUGAUCUGUUGGGAUGCCGUGGCAUCCGACGAUCAUUCAUCUCGCCGAUGCUCUUCGAUGUCAAGACCUCACGGGCGAUGCGAGUUCGAUCCAGCGGUGGUACCGAGUCAGAAAGAGCUGAUGCUGAGAAAAUCAAGCGCAUGAAGCUGGUCGACCAGUUUGGUAAAUACAUGAUCGGAGCUCUUGGCCGUCAUGGCGACGAAGGGAUCAUGGACGCAGAUCUGCCACAGCAUAACAGCGCUCAGUUCAUCAAGUUCUACCAGCGUCUGGGAAAUGUGGGCAUAUGGGGGUUCGGCGACGGAGCCUUCCAGUUCAACUUCCCCGACCACACCAAGCUAGUGAUUUCGCCCGGGCGGACUCGUAGCUCUUCCCCGUGGAUUGACUUCUACCACUUGUCUCCUUCAGCUGCUCGGUACUUUGCCACUAAAGGCAAGAUGCACCCUGCUGGCUUCGACACUCGCACUGUUGCUUCUGACGAGGCUGCUACCUUCCUCAGUAUCGCGAACGGGGACUCUGUCAAUUCUACAGAGGACCGCAUUCGUGACAUCCUUGACGCAAAUGCCUUCAUUCAGAAGAUCGCUUUCAUUAAAGAUACUCUCAGAGUCUGGAUCAAGUUCGGACGAUUGGGUGGUCGCCCACCCACAGUCGAGCCUUCAGCGGAUUCAAUGCCCGAUGAAGCCUUCUGGCAAGGAACACAAGAGCGCCCGCAGCCAAAGUCACCCGGAACCAAGUUUGUUUGGGUGACUGUGGGCGCGCCGGAUGGAGAUGGUCACUAUCAGUCCGUUAUGGUUCAGGAUCAUGCUCGCGGCUUAGAAAAGCGUGGGACGGAUCAUGACCGAGAUAUGGAUUUCCUUAAAGAUCGCUUGCGUGCACUGCGUUGA